GUAGCCUAUAGGUCUCCACAGCCUGUAGGAGAGCUAUGGCAGCUGCUAGGAAAAAAUGUUUCCAGUGCUUGUGCACGCAAUUGUGCACACACACACACGACUGGAAUUGAUGUGAACAAGCACUUAAAGAAGAACCAGCAUUCCGCUGUUUCCAGAAGACUGAAUGCUCACGGCAUUUGCGUGUCAGUCAACUCAACUGCUUUGCUGAUGAGUACGUCAUUCCAGUGGACACUGGACACGCUCUGGACACACUCCAACAUUAGGCACACCAAGGUUAACAUCAUCAUGCUUAACGCACAACGGGUUCCACAGUGGGUGCCAUGCUCACACUGCUAAGGUGUCUGCAUGGGUGAGAGAAACAAGGGUGCAAAAAGACUGCACUUGCUCUCAAGCAGGGGGGAGGGGAGGGUGGAAACAGAUGCAUUAUGGGAUGACAUGUACCCAGAACCACCCUCUGCAGUUUUGCUUCCAGCAUUCACUGAUUGUACAACUGAGAAUGCAAAGAGGCAUAGCACUGUGGGAUAGCUACCCACCGUGCAUCACUCUCAGUGGCCAUGGUAGCCACACAACUGGGAUGUGCUACUUGAACCUAUGAGAAACUUUGGGUGAGAUCAAACGUCUCUGGACACGAGGUUAACCUGUUAGUUGUGAUGGUAGAAAGUGAUUAUGAUUUUAUUUUAAAUGGAACCAUUUGUUUCCAAUAUCCUUACUCACUGUAGCCGGAAUUUCUAGACUUUGAUAGUAAAUGUUCCUGUUUUCACAGUCUGUAUAGCUCCAUGCUGCAGCAUUAAGCAAAGUGCUGGUACAGCUCUGCAUUUGGUGUGCACAGCUCCCUAGUCACUAAGCACCAGUAUCAUGCUUCAAAGAGCAGCCCUAUUGUUACCCUGCAAGGCAAAGCACGGGCUGGCACAGGCCAGAGGCGUGUGCUUGAGUAGCUAUGGGCAGGUGGGGUUAAGCUGACUCCAGGACUGUCCCUAGUGGGGACAACCUUCCUUCCACCCCAUCCUGCUCCCCCACCUCUUUUGGCCCCACUCCACUCAUCCCCCCAACUCCUGUCCCUCUGCCCCUUCCUUCAAACCCCAUCCCGAGUGACAUGGCUUGGGGACCAUUGGGGACAGCGAUGGUCAGGCCCGCCCACACGCUCACCAGCAGUGGCAAGAAGCAGAGCAAUCUGGUCUCAUCCUGCUCCCAGCUGCUUUGCUCCACUUUUCAAUGCUGGUGAGUACAAGGGGCGGGUCUACACUCCCUUUCCCCCCCUCCCUGAGCUGCAUGACUGAGAGCCAUGGGCGUGGAGCAGGCUGGGCCAGGUCACGCUGCUUCUUGCUGCUGCUGGGGAGUGCAGGGGUGGGACUGACUGCUGCUGGCACCAAGUCCCCUUCUAGGCCCCUUAGCUGACCUAGGCCAUGGGGCAGAUGCCCUGAACCAUCCCAUGGGUUUGGCUGACACCCAGCUAAGCACAAGCUGGUGGCAGGGGGCAAGAACAUGCCUGGGAACCGAGACCCAUCACAUGGCCUGGCACAGUGAGUGUUCUCGCCGCUCUCAAUACCCUUUGUUCUUUUUCUGCAGGAAAAGGCAGUGGAGCCUCAGCCUCGUGUUUCCUUAAGUUAAGGGCUGGGAACAGGAAAUUACUUGGGCUACUGAUACUGCCUUGUGCUGGCAGCUCUGACCAGAGCAGCGCGCCACAGCUCCCUUCCCAGCAUGGAGCGCUCCUGGUGCACAUUCGUGCUGUGGUGCAGCCUCUGGGGACUCUGCUUGGCAAGUCCGGACUAUGAUGAUUACUCCCAGAACAAUACCAGCGAGCAGGAGAUGACAUCAGCCAAUACACUGUGUCCCCGGGCCAUCCCAGGAGAGACGGUGACUCGUAACAACAUCACCUACCUGUCCAUCCAUGAGGCCUCCCGCUCCCAGCUGAGCAGUGCAGUGACCGUGUGGUUUAUUCCCUGCCUCUAUACUGCUGUCUUCCUGGUGGGGUUGCCAGCCAACGGACUAGCUCUUUGGGUCCUAGCAACUAGGAUUGAGAAGCUGACCUCCACCAUCUUCCUCAUGAACUUGGCUGCAGCUGACCUGCUCCUGGUGCUUGUGCUCCCCUUUAAGAUCACCUAUUACUUCCUGGGGAAUCACUGGCCCUUUGGGGAGGGCCUGUGUCGGCUUACCACUGCCUUCUUCUAUGGGAACAUGUACUGUUCCGUGCUCCUGCUCAUGUGCAUCAGUGUUGACCGGUACUUGGCUGCGGUGCACCCUUUCUUCUCCCGCUCCUUCCGCAGUCCAGGCUUUGCCGCCUGCACUUGCCUCAGUAUUUGGCUCAUUGCUGCCAUCUUCACCUUGCCCUUGACCCUCUUGCAGCAAUCCUACCCCCUGGAUCACGCAGACAUCACUCUGUGCCAUGAUGUCCUCCCCAGGCACGAGGAGGCUGAGUACUACUAUUACUACUUUGUGUGCUUGAUCGCCUGUGGCUUUCUGGCCCCUUUAGUGGUGAUGCUGUUCAGCCACUGCUCGGUACUGUGGAUCCUGCUGCGCAGCAGAGAGAGGUACGCGCAUGCCAUGAAGCUCACUGUCCUGGUGCUGUUCACAGUCGUGGUGUUCUACACACCUAGCAACAUCUUUCUUCUUGUCCACUAUUCCAGUAACUGCUCCAAGCUCUAUGGGGACUUGUAUGUCAGCUACAUGAUAAGCCUGGCCUUCAGCAGCAUCAACAGCUGUGUUGAUCCCUUUGUCUACUACUACGUUUCUGAGGACUUCAGAGACAAGGUGAGGCAGAGAAUUUUCAGCCAAAGCAAGCAAGUCAUCACAUCUCUGAAAACCUCUAAGUCCCCAUCCCUGGUGUGA